ACACGAAAUUAUUUCGCGAUGGAACUCUGAACGCAACGGUUGUGUCCGCGCAUCUCGUUUCUGUUUUACUAUCCGCCGCAGUCGCUGUUUUCGUGGUUUAUUUAUCGCGCUAAGUAAAUUCAAGCAACUAGCAAAAAAAGCAUCCAACAUUGUACAACAAUUGUGCCUCCCAUUAGUAAAAAAAAAGAAUUAUAAGAAAAAACCAAGAAAAAGUGUCUGGGAAUUUAUAUUCCUACCCAAAAAAAAAAGAAUUGCUAGAUGGAUUGUGCGUGUCGUUUAAUUGAUUUCAAGGAUUGCCAAAUGGCAAAAGUAAAUUGAAACUGUCGUCGUUGUCGUCGUGGUCCGGGGAUUAAAAGUGCAGAUUAUAACACGCAGAAGGAGAAGAGCUCCCAUCCGGUGUGCACUCCUCAUCGUUAUUGUGGCCGCAGUGUCACGUCUGGCAAAGAGAUUCGGCUUAAAUUUAAUUAAACCCAAAGAGGAGUUUAAAAAAUAAAAAAAAAAAACAAAAGGUUCAAGUGAUUGCCCCUCUAAAAAAAAACAGUGAAGUUUCUUAUUAUUUGUCCGGCAGACAUCGGCCGGAAAGUGUUGCUAAUACAAAAAAGUAGCAACUACAACAAUUAUCGCAGAUCCGGGCGCUAGAAAGAUGGUGGUUUUGGAAACUGCCAGCGCCCUAUUGGGUGGGCCCUACGCUCAAGGCGCUCCCGCCUUGAAAAUGGUGCAAAAACGCUACAUUGGAUUACAUCAGUGGCUGGGACCAAUUCGCACCAAAGAGUUAAAGGAGCAUAUUGUAGGUGACAAUGUAAGUCCGUCUCGUCCUUUCAACAAUCGAUCUUGAACAAGAAACCGCCAUGAAAAAAGGACGACAAAGUGAAGCCGCAGAAGAGUCCGCAUAAUUAUUUUCCGAUUCAAUCAGGGGGCUUUAGGCUUUAAGCUGCCAUGCAGGCAGCAGAAUAAAAAUGGAAAAGGACGAAUGGUGGCCGUAGGAGCUGGCGUUGCUAAGCCAUAUUGAGCGGGAUUAGGCGCUAACUGCUAAAAUGUGAUUACAUCCUAGAGCCACAAAAUGUCCGCCAUAAAUUAAUCAACAGAGGGAAAAAUCCCCCUAAAGAAAAUUAGGACCGAAGACAGAGUUUUCCGGUUUUCAAUUUCGCCCCCAAAAAUAUUUGAACUAAUUCAAAUGUUUUUCGGCAACAUUUUCUCCACUGGAAAACCGAAACAGGAACAGAGUGAAAAUCUCAUCAAGCUUCGCUUCCCUGGCGCCAUUUUUUAAGCCACAAAUGGCAUUUAAUUCACUUUCAACGCUUUUGGACUUGAGCCUGCCACCUGACCGUUGUCUUUCUUCCCUUCUUCCCCUCAUCCUAUUCCCCAUCGUCCUGUGCGUAAUUCUUAUUAUUUACUUUAUUAAUUUAAGUGUUUUGGCCCCAAGGCUUGGCUGGGCAAGUCCUUCACGUCCAUCCUCCUGAGUUCCACCGCUUUUCCCCCUUCCUGUUUCUGUUCCCCCUGCUUUUUGUUCUGCUUCUGCCUUGUUAUGAGGGCAGUAAAUAAUUUUUUCGGGACCAGAGCUGCUCAUCAUUUUAUUCUAUUAAAGCCAAAUAUUUACACAGGCAGAACUUCCACCGCUACAGGCAAAUGACCAACAGGAAAAAUAGCUAAAGGUGAAACCAAGGUAGGGAGGGAUACACUGAAAAAACGUCUUUCGAAAUAAUUAUAACUUUACUUUAAAAAUCAGUUAUAAAUUUGGUUAAUAAAAAAUAAAAGUGUAAGGUGGAAAAAUAUUCUUUCGGGUUUAGAGUGCUUAACGCCGUUCAGCGCUGAGAAUAUUAUAAAAAACUUUAAAUUUAAAAAUCAGUCUUAAGUUUACAUUUCCCGCUUUAAGAUCAUUUUUUCCUUAACUUUAAAAAUCCAUUGUAAAAUCUAAAAUUAUUAUGGGAAAAUAAGCAAACAGACAUGAAAAUGUAGGGUUGGGAAAUUAAUAAAAAGAAGUGUAGGGUGGGAAAAUGUUAUAUUAGUCUUAUAGUGUUAUAAGGUCCGUUUAAGACACCUUUUUUUCUUUAGUGAUGAGGAUAUUCGGUGCGUUGUUUCCGUUUCAGCUGGGUGCGUUUGAGGGCAGGAUGACAAUGGUCGCACAGAGGACCAGACCAGGACUCUUAUGUGCAGGACACUCCCUAGGGUUUAUUAGAAGUAAUGACAUGCAGCUUGUUAGCCGCAGUAGUGAAUAGGUGGGUUGGUUGAACGAAUGGGAAGCGAAUGUCGGACAUAGUUAUUAACAGGAAUAUUGCUGCCCCAAGGACGGCACAUGCCGCAUCUCCACUAACUACUGACUGCAGGUGAAACCGGUCGGGCCGUCUUCCUCCAAGUCCCGAGUAAAUUAAACAUAGCUGCCGCCCAUAAACCAAACCAAAUCAAAGCUCGGUUACCAAUUCAGGGAGGAAAAUUCUGCUGGCAAAGCUUUGCUACUUACAAAACUAUGAAUGAAAUAAAGUUUUCGUUUGGUUUUAGUUUAAAAAGUUCCAAAAAAUGUAAUGAGAAAACACUGAAAUUGUUAUGAAAUUCUUAAUUUAAUGAAGUUUAACUGUUUUACUCAUUUAUUCAAUUUUGAAUAAAAUACAUAUUUAACAUAAGAAAUCUUAGAAUUUUAAAGCCUGUGCUUUAACUUUAAAAAUUAAAUAACAAAAAUUUUAAAUUAUUCAUUAAAAUGUUUCAUAUUCCCUCUCGUUCAUCAUGUUUAUUUUAAUUGCCAUGAAAAGUUCUAUUUACAUUUGAACACCCCCUGGGAACUUACUUCCACCAUCUAUUUGCCUCGCAUUUCAUUUAAUUAUUUGGCUCUUUUGUUGUUACCGUCGUCGCUUUUCCGGGUGCGCAAUGAACCAAAUGGCAGUGAAAAAGGUGAGUGAAGAAAUUGCUGCGGGUCCCUUGCAAAUAUAUGCCAUGUAGCCCCGUAGCCUUAGUCCUCUUGGUUUGGGGAAAGCCCACAUUAAACGCUUCUCACUUCCUGCACACACAAGACGAGGGCGGGCAAACAAAGAAAAAGCAUUUUGUUUGUCAAAUGUUUGUCAUUUGUAAAUGUCAAACGGCGGUCGAGCAUAUUUUGCAUAUAUACUCGUAUGCCAGUUGGAACUCCAUGUCUAUCUGCCUGUGGACCAUCCACACAGAUGCAAAGUCAGUUUAAAAAUGUUCUUUCAAGUUUUUAGCCCGCAUUUCUUAGCCGGCACAAAGCAGAACACAUUUUGGGUUUUAAGUUGGUAGGGAAUCAUGGGCUAAAAUGGUGAAGCGUCUCCAUCUCCCUUCAAAUUAUGAGACAUAUUUUUCGUGGGUUUGUUUCCUCUCCUCUUUCCGCUUAGUAAUCUGACAUUUAAAUAUUUACUUGCGUCAACUUGUGACAUUUUACUCAUUAUAACAGGAGAGACUGGAAUUGGGGAUGGGGUUUUUGGGGCUUUGCCGCUUAGAUUCCAUCGUCUGUGGAAAAACUUUUGUCAUGCAUUUUCAUAUUCAUAAGCUUUGGUAUAAUUUUGACAGUUUUACUUCGUGGCGGAGAAUGUUUAGAUUUAUUUCCGCACUUUAGCUAGUUGGAAGAGAAGAGAUGUUCAAGUUGAUUGGAGUUUCCGCUCAAGAACGCGAUGGAAACUGAGGAAAUGUGGGUGGUAGGUUAAGGCAAAUGAGGAAAAGUGGCUGCUUUACUGUUGUGGGCUUAUUCAUUUAUCAAUGCUUCCGGUGGAUCAUUGUUCUUGCUCGUCUGCUGAUACGCCUUGACUGAGUGCUGUCUGUCUUUCUGCUUUCUCCCAGCCCACUUUCUCCAACUCCCCAGUCACUUCCGGCCCACCCCCCUUCCUCCCCGCUUCCUGUCUGUUGUCAUUGGGCUUGGGGGCAGGUAUAAAUGCUGUUGUAAAUGUAUUUUUAAAUGUAAUAAGAUUAUUACGCAAUUAGUAUAACUUUUUGAAUGCCUCCCAGAAAGCGGGAAAGAGGGGGGUAAAAGUUGAGAGGAAAAUGAAGAAAAUUUAAGGGGCGGGUUUUCAUUUGCCUGCGGGCAGGCUUUUAACUGCCUGGAUUUAAUUGCUAAUUUAUUUUCUCGUUGCUUCUGUAAUUAUGUGUUUUGGUUUGAGGUUCUCUUCAGAGGACUUGCAUUAGGAGUAGUCAAUGACUAGAAAGUAACAUUUAUGGCGAAUAUGGGAACGUUAUAAAGAUUUUAAAAUACUUUAAAGGGAACAGAUUUGAAAAAAGUUAAUAAAAAUAUUAAACGUGGGUAAAGUAUUCAUAUUUAAAUGUCUUAAAGUCAAUUCACCAGUUUACUCUCAUUUUGCCAACUACAAAUUUAUACAGUUUUGUGCCAUGUUAAGCAAAACGGCUCGUCUAGCACAAAGCCUUAAUUAAUUAAAAA